AUGGGUCAAACACUUUCCGAACCUGUUACUUCAAAAGAUUCGCAAAAGGUAGAAAAUCACUUGUAUUCAGUCGGAAGCAGUAGUAUGCAAGGAUGGCGUAUCAAUAUGGAAGAUGCUCAUACACAUAUUCUAGCAUUGCCUGAAGAUAAAGGUUGCGCAUUUCUAGCGGUCUACGAUGGCCAUGGCGGAGCCAAAGUUGCUCAAUAUUCAUGCAAAUAUCUACAUACACGUAUCGCUAAUCAACCAGAAUUCAAACAGGGAAAUAUUGAAGCGGCUAUAAGAAAAGGUUUUAUUGAUUUCGAUAGCGAAAUGGCAUCGGACGAAGAAAUGCGAGAAGAUCUGGCUGGAACAACGGCAAUUUGCGUUGUAAUCAAAGAUAAUAAAUUAUACUGUGGAAAUGUUGGUGAUAGUAGAGCAAUUGCGUCUGUCAAUGGAAAUGUUGAAACUCUCUCAACCGAUCAUAAACCGAAUAACGAUGACGAAAGAAAACGUAUCACAGCAGCUGGCGGCUGGGUAGAAUUCAAUCGUGUCAAUGGAAAUUUGGCUUUAUCACGAGCACUUGGAGAUUUCAUUUUCAAACGAAACACCGAUAAAAAAGCGGAAGAACAAGUUGUCACGGCGGCUCCCGAUGUUGUCGUUAAAACAAUCAAUGAAAACUGGGAAUUCAUCUUAAUUGCUUGUGAUGGCAUCUGGGAUGUUCUUAGCAACGAAGAAGUUUUAAAAUUUGUUCGGGCACGCAUUGCUCAGCAAAUGUCACCAGAAAUGAUCUGUGAAGAAUUGAUGACACGUUGCCUGGCGCCGAAUUGUCAAAUGGGCGGUCUUGGUUGUGAUAAUAUGACGCCAAUAAAUGUGCGAAGAAUGUAUCUAAUGGGGAUAUAUCACCAACGAAAUGAACUUCUUACAUGA